GGCGAGAUUUACAGCUGGGAAUCUGUGGAAGGCAUUGAUGGCUUAUGGCUGUGCCGUGACUUCCUUCCUGAAAAACAUCAAAAUCUUCUUUUAUCAGCGAUUCAUGGAGAGAAUGAUCUGUUUCAUGGAUGCUGUAUAAAAAAGAUCUCCUUUGCAGGGAUUAGCUUGUGAAGAAGCAAGCUUGUUACCCAAUCUCCAAAACCUACCCUAUAGUGCUUCCAGCUCUUUCUAUCCAAUCACUUCCCAUUCCGGUAAUCGAUUCUUCUAACCAAUUGGCUCCUGCACUAGAUCUUACCCUAAAAGAAUGGGUUUCUUAGCAAGCAUAAUGGGGAUACCGUGUCCUAAGAUUUGUGGAGAUUGGACUACUCCCCAUUGGCCUAACACAGGUGGAAAGGGACCGCUUUCCCUUGGUGGAAGUUCGGAAAAUUUUGCAGAAGGAUUGUUCACUGAGAGUUCUUAUAAUCAGGCCAUGAAGUUUGGAGAUCUUCCUAAUUGGGCUAUUGACCUUUCUAGAUUGAUUCAGAAGGCAGUAUGCUAUGGUGAGACUAUUUCUCUUGAUGGCCUGGAAUCGGAUUGUAAAGAACAACAAAUGGAAGAAUCUGGACCACUACCGUUCGAUUUAUUGUGGAGAGAACCACUUUUUGAUCAGCUAAUUACAAAUGUGUACAAACCAGGCGAGGGAAUAUCAGCUCAUGUCGAUUUAUUGCGAUUUGAGGAUGGAAUUGCUAUCGUUUCAUUGGAAUCAGAGUGUGUGAUGCAUUUCUCUAGAGCUGAUCAAGAGACUUGUUCACAUAAGGCUCAAGGAGGACAAGAUGGUUCUCUAGUUAAGAUUCCCGUUCUACUAAAUCCUGGCUCACUCUUGUUGAUAUUCGGGGAAGCUCGUUAUUCAUGGAAGCAUGAGAUCAAUCGGAAAGAAGGAUUUCAGACAUGGAAGGGAAGGGAAAUUAUUCAGAAGAAAAGAACCUCUGUGACUUUGAGAAAGCUCUGUCACUCAGCUGAGGAUAUCUAAUUUAUUGAAUUCUAAUAUUGUUUCAUCUAAAGAGUGGUGUUUGCCUUCUUUUAA